AGUUUUCAGAUAAUUUUGGCGUCCAAUUCAAAAUGUCGGAAAAUCUGGAAACCAAAAUUCUCACAAAGUUUGUUGAUUUUACACGCUUUUUGGGCGUCUGAAGAAAAAGAAUGGGUGAAUCUAUAGAAGACUUUCAAGUUUUAAACUUGUUAGGUCGUGGUGGGUUUGCCUGUGUAUACAGAGCAAGAUGCAAAUCUACGGGACAGGAAGUGGCAAUCAAGAUGAUUGAUAAGAAGCUGAUGACAGCAGCGGGGAUGGUGGCUCGCGUCAAGAAGGAAGUAGAGAUUCAAUCUCGCCUCAAGCAUCCUUCAAUUCUUGAGCUGUAUAACUACUUUGAGGAUGAGCACUAUGUUUACUUGGUGUUAGAGAUGUGUCACAAUGGAGAGCUGUAUAGAUACCUGAAGACAAACUGCAAAGUUUUUACAGAAGAUGAAGGCCGCCAUUACAUGAAGCAGAUUGUUGAUGGGAUGCUGUAUCUCCAUGGUUACGGAAUAUUACAUCGAGAUCUUACUCUAGCUAACUUGCUCCUAACCCGAGAUAUGGAUGUGAAAAUAGCUGACUUUGGUUUGGCCACCCAACUCAGCGUCCCUGAGGAGAAGCACUUUACGAUGUGUGGCACACCUAACUACAUAUCUCCGGAGAUUGCAAUGAGAGGGGCACAUGGGUUAGAAUCAGACGUGUGGUCACUGGGAUGUAUGCUUUACACUAUGCUGGUAGGGAGACCCCCAUUUGACACACAGGGAGUGAAAACAACAUUGAACAAGGUGAUCCUAGCUGAUUUUGACAUGCCGGCCAAUCUCUCCCCUGAAGCUAAACAUCUCAUCCAUUCAUUGUUGAAGAAGGCACCUAAAGAUAGAUUGAAGAUAACAGAUAUUCUGAGCCACCCAUUUAUGACACGACAACCACUCUCAGCAUAUACACAUAAUGAUAUGAGGAAGCCAAUGGUAGAAGCAUCUAUGGAUAGUGGAAGGGAUACCAUGGCAACCAUAUCUACAACAAUCAGAUCAAGUCAUUCCAGGCAACGUCCUUUCCCAGCAUUUCCUGUUGUUACCCAGAAGACAUCUGAUCCAAAUCUGGAUUUUUUAGAGCGAGACAAAUUCACAGAAAACAAAUUUGAAUCACGACCUCAAGAUGGAGGAUACACUUCCCAAGAAGAUAAGCAUUAUGGGAGUCACCCUUCAUCUCCAAUGCCGUAUGGGAACCAUCCUCCUUCUCCUCCAGUACGGCUUCGAGACACCGAGUCUGGUGUACCACAGAAACCGCCCAGUCCAUGCGCCACAGAGCCAAUGUUACAGAAAAUCCACGCGGAGCAUAAAUGGCUAAAUGAACUUACCAAGAAAACCACAUCAACUAAAUAUGGAAUACCAGAUCGUGAGAACGGUCCAAGUUUUAAAGCCAACAACUACAGCCCAUACUCAGAUAAACCUUUUAAUGAAAUUUCUCAGGGUUCAGCUUGCAGAUCGAAUCCUCGUGAAGAUUACUCAAAUCAUAAAUAUGGCCACAAAAGCCAGUCUGAUUUUAUGCAUCAUGACAAGGACCAGCACUCAGAUUUUAAUUUUCAUGACAAGGAAAAUCAAUACAAUCACAGGUCUAUUGAUAAGGAUGUUAAUUCUAAGUUUCCUAAGAGCAAUGAUUAUUCAGGUUACAUAGACAGUCACAAGUCUGAUAUGGUAUUUAGUGAAAGACCUCACAAUACAAACAUAAGCAAUUCAGAAAGACCCCAUAGCACAAACAUAAGCAACUCAGAGAGACCCAAUAGCACAAAUAUAAGUAACUCGGAGAGACCCCAUACCACAAAUAUAAAUAGACGAUUAGGAGAAUAUGAUAGCCUAGUAUAUCCAAGAAGUUACGAAUCACCCAAUCGUAAACAUCAUAAACCAAAUGAUUAUAGUGAACAACCAAAUGAUUAUAUACAAAAAUCAAAAGAUUACAAUUCAGAUUGUUAUCAACCAACACAAGGCUUCGAAACCCAGAUAAGCAGGUAUGAUUUCACAGAUGAGAAAAACAGGCCAAAUAAUGGUAGAUCUCACCAAUUCAGUGAGUAUCACCAAAAUACAACGAGCUUUGUUUCGCAAAAGUCCCAUAAUUUUGAUGCUUAUGAGCCUCACUCUGAGCGUGAGUUUAUGGGAACUAACUCAAGCGCAUACAAACGGGAGAACAAUCCUCCAUCUCCCACAAGGGAAUACAGGGAUAGAGAUGGUCCUUCAAGGAAAAAUGUCCAUGACAUUAACACAGUGCCUAAUCCUACUGUGGGGAAAUCCUAUCCCGAAAGACAAGUAGAUUGUUAUUCAAGACAGACCAAUCACGAUCGGAUAUACAGCUCUACUGAGCAGAUACAACGCUCUCAGAAUAUAAAGCCAAUCAAACAUUUUAUUCAUAAUCCAGAUGAACAAAAAUUAAAUGAUCGAAACUUGAAUGAAAACAAUAAUUGUGAGGUCCCAAACCUUGGCAGCAAUGGAAGUAAAGAAGUAGUGUCAACACUUGCUCCAAUCUCAAAGUCUGUUGCUCCUGAAAAAGCACUGAAGAAAAGCAAAUCUAGACUAAGCAAGUCUCUUUCUGACUUGACUUCACCAAUAAAAGCUGAGAGACUCAGACCCAUAAGGCAGAAAACACGAAAUGCGGUGGUGAACAUUUUGGAGAAUGGGGAGGUUUGCCUGGAGUUCAUUAAAAGCAGAGACCAGAAUGAGUUCAUAGUAGAAGUCUUCAGGAUAGCUGCUGAUGGACAGAAGGUAACUGUUUAUCAACCAAAGACAGGAAAAUCUACGUGUCUUGGUGAGAGACCUCCAUCACCCCCAACAACUGGUGGAGACACCUAUGUUUACCCAGAUAUACCCGAAAAGUACUGGAAGAAAUAUCAAUAUGCUGCAAGGUUUGUGAAGCUUGUGCGUUCUAAGACCCCCAAAGUGACAUUAUACACAAGACAGGCCAAGUGCAUGCUGAUGGAGAACACCCCACAGGCUGACUUUGAGGUCCUCUUUUAUGAUGGUGCCAAGAUGAAUAAAUCUAGUGAAGGAACAAAGAUCAUAGAGAAAGAUGGGACAUCAAUGAUGCUAGAUCACCAUGGUAACAUACAACAUCUGGCACCAAGCACACAGCAACUCUGGCACUAUGUACACCAGUGUCAUCGUAGAUGCCAGGAUGUAGAGGCGACAUUAGGGAGAACACAAGAGGAAGAUUCAGAGCAGGAUUACUUCCCUGUUAUAAUUGGACGGCGCCCUCUGGCGACACCAACUGUGCAUCCAGAUGCUAGCACUCCACCCCGUGUUGUCAAAGAUGUUACCCCCGCAUUGAAGGAUAGACCUAUAGUGUCCCCAUCUAUUGCUCCAACUGUCAACCCUACUAUGGUGUCUUAUGAUGGAACUGUUGCCAGUAUGAGAUCACACUUGAAUAGAAAAACUGUACCACCAAAAUCAGACAUGGUGGAGAAAUCCACGAGAAAACCAGCUACAUCUGACAAUACAACACCCAACACUGGGUCUAGUAAAUUAAAACAUCAAAAUAAUCAUCCUAUAAACUCAACCCAUGACUCAAAUAACAAUGAUUCCAAUUCUCUAAAGGAUAAAAACUCAAGCGAGGAUUUCAAGGCAGAUGUUAUGAAGCAUCAUCCAGUAUCACGAACAACCAAAGAGAAAGAAAAUCAAAACCUGAGUAGGGAUAUAUUGAAAACUGAGCCAAGUAGAGCAAAGUCACGACAGGAGAGCAGUCGGGAAAGGAUGAAACAUGAAAGAAAAGGCAGCAAUAGCAAAGUUGUGAAGAGUGUGUUUGUAGCUGGGAUAGGCUGGGCAUCACAGUUAUCUAAUGGUGAGGUGUUAGUUCAGUUCAAUGAUGGCUCUCAGCUUAGUGUGCAGUCCUCUGUAAUGAGAGUGAAAUAUGUGGACCCCUCUGGCAAAACAUUCAGGUACAGCGAGAGUGAUGUUUUACCAGGCCAUGUAAAGGAAAAGUUGGAGAAAUUACCACAUGUAGUUGAAACUCUGGUCUCUACACCAAACCAAGUUCCUGUAACUACCCCCAACUCUAAACGAUGACAACCAAUAACUACCAAUUCUGAGUAAUGAACUUCAUGACCAAUGUGGAGCAAUGGCUUGUUUACCAUUAAGGGGUAUUUGAAACACCUAAAAGAGGGCACCACAGUGACAUAUCCUUGUUAUAAAAGGCAAUUUAUCAUGUUUACUGGAAGGCGUUUUUGCCUAUUCUUUAAACUGUAAAUGCACAGACUGUUCAGGAGAUAUUGGUUAUAUCCCAUAGUGGGGAAGAUACAUCCUGAGUACAUGUAUGAUAUUAAUCCCUCUUAUGUGCAUGGUGGACUACAUGACUGCUAUUUGAGGCAAAUGUGCUACAUAACAAUAUAAAACAAACUACAUGAAAACAAUUGUUAUUAUUAAUUAUUCCUGUUAAGGACCACUGAGUUGCUGGAUUAUUUUAAACUGUUUUGACUGAAUAUUUUAUUUAUUUCUACAGUUUGUUAGACUUUAUACUCAUAUUAUUGAAUCAGUUUCUAUCCAUGAAACCAGCGGGAUGAACAGUUGAUAAAGAGCCAUGUUUAUUGAUUAUAUUUUCUCAAAUACUUGAUGUUCUGGAAAAAUAAUAUCAUAUA